GGUCCGUGCCGUGGGGUGGGGGCCCGCAGGCAUCACACUGUGCCCCCCAGGCGCCGAGACACAGAGCAGCAGCUCGGAGGAGAUGGUGCCCAGCUCUCCCUCGCCGCCGCCGCCACCGCGCGUCUACAAACCGUGCUUCGUCUGCAGCGACAAGUCCUCGGGGUACCACUACGGCGUCAGCUCCUGCGAGGGCUGCAAGGGCUUCUUCCGCCGCAGCAUCCAGAAGAAUAUGGUGUACACGUGUCACCGCGACAAGAACUGCCAGAUCAACAAGGUGACGCGCAACCGCUGCCAGUUCUGCCGCCUGCAGAAGUGCUUCGAUGUCGGCAUGUCCAAGGAAGCCGUGCGCAAUGACCGCAAUAAGAAGAAGAAGGAGGUGAAGGAGGAGGCGGCCGACGGCCCCGAGCUGAGCCCGGCGCUGGAGGAGCUGAUCCAGAAAGUCAGCAGGGCGCACCAGGAGACCUUCCCCUCGCUGUGCCAGCUGGGCAAGUACACCAUGAGCUCGAGCGCGCAGCACCGCGUGCAGCUGGACCCGGGGCUGUGGGACAAGUUCAGCGAGCUGGCCACCAAGUGCAUCAUCAAGAUCGUGGAGUUUGCCAAGCGCCUGCCCGGCUUCACUGCGCUCAGCAUCGCCGACCAGAUCACGCUGCUCAAAGCCGCCUGCCUGGACAUCCUGAUGCUGCGGAUCUGCACGCGCUACACCCCCGAGCAGGACACCAUGACGUUCUCGGACGGGCUGACGCUGAACCGCACGCAGAUGCACAACGCCGGCUUCGGGCCGCUCACCGACCUCGUGUUCGCCUUCGCC